AAAAAAAAAAGAGGAGCUGCUUCCUUUUCUGGUUUUCUCUACGUUCACAGCGAUUGCCACAAGCACCACCAUAACACCCUCCCCCCAAUCCUAGGGUUUUUGGAGGGUUUUCAUCUCCAUAGUCGCUUCUGUUUCAAGCUCUUGGGCUGUUUAGAUUCCGAUGGCGAAACCCUCAGCUGGAGGGGGUGGCUCACCCGCUUCUGUACGGAUUGUCGUGGCUGGUGAAAAGGGUACCGGAAAAUCUAGCUUGAUUGUCGCUGCUGCCACUGAUACUUUCCCUCCCAAUGUCCCUCCUGUUCUGCCCGAUACCAAGUUGCCGUCUGAUUUUUUCCCCGAUCGCAUUCCCAUCACCAUUGUUGACACUUCCUCGAGACCUGAAGAUAGGGGAAAGCUUGCUAAAGAACUGAAGCAAGCAGAUGCAGUUGUUUUGACAUAUGCAUGCAAUCGCCCUGAGACUCUCGAUCGGUUGAGUGAAUACUGGCUUCCUGAGCUACGGCAAUUAGAGGUGAAUGUUCCUGUUAUAGUGGCAGGGUGUAAGCUUGACUUGAGAGAUGACAAAUAUCAGGUCAACCUCGAGCAAGUUAUGUCUCCAAUUAUGCAACAAUUCCGGGAGAUUGAGACUUGUAUCGAGUGCUCUGCACAAAAGCUGAUCCAGGCCUAUGAAGUUUCAUACUAUGCACAGAAAGCAGUCCUUCACCCCACAGGACCUCUAUUUGAUCAAGAAACCCAAUCGUUAAAACCCCGGUGUGUAAGAGCCUUGAAACGUAUAUUUAUUCUCUGCGACCAUGACAGAGAUGGUGCUCUCAGUGAUGCUGAAUUGAAUGAUUUUCAGGUCAAAUGCUUCAAUGCCCCAUUGCAGCCUUCUGAAAUUGAAGGCGUUAAGAGGGUUGUGCAAGAAAAAUUUCCGGAAGGAGUUAACGACAGAGGGCUGACAUUGACUGGUUUCUUGUUUCUACAUGCACUUUUUAUCGAGAAAGGCCGGCUUGAGACAACCUGGACUGUGCUGAGGAAAUUUGGGUAUAAUAAUGACAUAAGGCUUGGUGAUGAAUCGAUUCCUUUUUCAGCAUUCAAGCGCGCUCCUGAUCAGAGUGUUGAGCUGACAAAUGUAGCUAUUGAAUUCCUGAGGGGAAUCUAUGACUUGUUUGACGGCGAUGGUGAUAAUAACCUAAAAAUUCCGGAGAUCGAGGAUCUAUUUUCGACUGCACCUGAUAUUCCUUGGAAGGAAGCUCCUUAUGUUGAUGCUGCGGAGAAAACCGCCCUUGGAGGACUAUCUCUUGAUGCUUUCUUGUCACUGUGGUCACUGAUGACUCUUUUAGACCCAGCUCGGAGUGUGGAAUAUUUGAUUUACAUUGGGUUCCCAUCUGAUCCGUCCUCUGCCAUCCGUGUUACAAGGAGAAGAUGCUUAGAUCGCAAGAAGCAACAGUCGGAAAGAACAGUUUUCCAGUUAUUCGUCUUUGGACCCGAGAACUCAGGGAAAUCUGCAUUAAUGAACUGUUUUCUUGGAAGGUCGUAUUCUGACAAUCAAGAAUCAUCUACCAAUGACCGCUAUGCAGUAAAUGUGGUUGCUGAAUCCGGGGGGGCAAAAAAAACCCUCGUGCUGCGGGAAAUUCCGGAAGAUGGAGUUAAAGAACUGCUUUCAUCCAAAGAAUCAUUGGCUGAGUGUGAUAUAGCAGUCUUUAUGUAUGACAAUUCUGACGAGUCGUCGUAUAAGAGAACAACUGAGUUGCUAGUGGAAAUCGCGACACAUGGGGAAGACACCGGCUUUGAGGUCCCUUGCCUCGUGGUUUCUGCAAAAGACGAUCGCGACUCAUUCUCGAUCCACCAGACCGUACAAGAACCCUUCAGGGUUACACAAGAUAUGGGUAUUGAACCUCCAAUACCCGUCAGCUCGAAAUUAGGUGAUUUUGGUAACUUAUUCCGCAAGAUCUUAACGGCGGCAGGACAUCCCCAUUUGGGUAUUCCGGAGACUGAAGCAAGGAAAAGCCGUAAACGUUACCGCAGGCUAAUCAACCGUUCUCUCACAGUAGUUUCGGUUGGGGCUGCGGUUGCGAUCCUUGGACUGUCUGCAUACCGACUCUACGCAGCAAGAACAAGAACUUCUACCUGAGGAUAUGUUUCAUUUCGUUGUCUCUUUUAAGGUUCAUUCAUGGGAGAGGUGUUCUGUCGGGAAAAAAAAUAGUCAUGGAUCCUUAGGAAGAGAACGAAGAGUCGACAUGAUUUAUGAAAUUGUUUUGUGCAGCUGCUUUGUUCAAAUUCUGUAUCCUUUUUAAUUCUAGAAUUGGGCAUUUUCACCCCGUCUAUUGAAAUUGACUGCAUCUGAAUUGUAGUCUUUUAGCAUGUAUCAAAAGUUAAGAUCUUUCUCCGUAAAUUUAUUUAAUUUUAGGGUUCUUUAGUAAAA